UUUAAGCAAGACAACAAUUAUAUCCUUACUUUGAAAAAAGCAAGAAGCUGCCGUUGGUAUAAUUUUAAGUUAAAAAAAGCAGAAAUAGAACUGGAGAGGCAAGAGAGUCGGUCGUCGUCUUACUUCACAUCCGGCCGGCACAACAAUGAUCUCUUGGCGACGCCGCUGUCUUCUCCGAUCGCAAAUCCACAAGUUUCUUAGUUUUCAUUCUCAGCCGCCCCCGAAUUCAUUUUCUCCUGAUCCAAAAUCAAGAUCAAUCUCAAUCUCUGAGGCCCCGGUCAGAGGCGAUUCAGUCGAUCGGAAAACAGUGCUCGAAACGCUUUCAUCUUAUACCAACGACUGGAACUGCGCCUUCGAGUUCUUCGCCUGGCUCGAAGCCGACUGCGGCUUCCGCCACUCCACCGACACCUACAACCAGAUGAUCGACAUUCUCGGCAAGUUCUUCGAGUUCGAUCGCGCCUGGAAUCUGAUCGAUCGCAUGCGAACCGAUCCCCAUUCCCUCCCAAACCACGCCACGUUUCGCGUCCUUUUCAAGCGCUACGCGUCGGCUCACCUCGUCGAAGAAGCGAUCUCUACUUUUCACCGAACGGAGGAGUUCAAUUUGAAGGACCAAUCGUCGUUCUCGAAUCUCAUCGACGCUCUAUGCGAGUACAAGCACGUAGUCGAAGCGGAGGAAAUUUGCUUAUCCAAAGAUGUUCGUGUGAAUCUGGACACGAAGAUAUAUAACAUUAUGCUUCGCGGCUGGUUCAAAAUGGGAUGGUGGAGCAAGUGCAGAGAGUUCUGGGAAGAGAUGGAUAGCAGAGGCGUUCGCAAAGAUUUACAUUCUUAUGCGAUUUACAUGGAUAUAGAGUGCAAGCGUGGGAAGCCAUGGAAGGCCGUGAAGUUGUACAAAGAGAUGAAGAAGAAGGGGAUUCGGUUGGAUGUAGUGGCUUACAACACAGUUCUUCAUGCCGCGGGCCGUUCGGAAGGCGUUGAUUUCGCCAUUCGGCUUUACCGCCAGAUGAAAGAAACGGGCCGCUGUGAACCUAAUGUCGUGACGCAUAAUACCAUCAUAAAACUUCUGGGUGAAAAUGGGAGAGUUAGGGAAGCGUACAAGGUGUUCGACGAAAUGCAUGCGAAGGGUUGUGAGCCGAAUAUAAUAACCUAUCACUCCAUUUUUAGGUACCUUGAGAAGCCAAGGGAGAUUCUUAACCUCUUUGAUAGAAUGCUGGGCAGUGGGAUUGUUCCCACGAUGGACACUUAUGUGAUGCUCAUGAGGAGGUUUGGGCGAUGGGGUUUUCUACGACCAGUUCUUGAUGUGUGGAAGAAGAUGGAAGGGCAUGGGCUAAGUCCGAAUGACCAUGCUUACAAUGCUUUGAUUGAUGCUUUGGUGCAGAAGGGUAUGGUUGAUAUGGCUCGAAAGUACGAUCAGGAGAUGCUUGCGAAAGGGCUUUCGGCUAAACCAAGGAUAGAACUGGAGAGAGGCCUGUUGAGUUCAUCAUUAUCCGACAAUGGCUGAUUCUGAGAUAUAGGUUUUCCUGACCUUUUAACUUUAAGCACCGUGCACACCAUUAAAAAUUCAAAGAUGGGUAAUUCUAAGAUGUAAGUAUUUGUGAGAUCCAAUAUCUUCUUAACAUUUUACUCUAGAUUUCAACCCACAGGGGCUGUGAUUUUGUUAUUGGGAACCAAGCUGAAGGUAACUGUUGGUGCUGAAUGGAUACGUACAAGGAUCAUUUGGUCUCGGAAGAAUGAUCAAAAGUAAUUUGGAAUGUACGCUCUCUCUGCUUUGCUUUUCACUCAAUUCAUAAAUUACAUAUACAGGAAAAAUAUUCGUGCUCAACGUAUAGUUUUAACAGGAUUGGGGGGCUACAAAAAGGGUGGACAAUGGGAUCCAUGAAUCGAUCACUUCUUUACCUGGUUUAAUUAGUGCGAGCCAUAGAAAUUUCGUUUUCCCCAUGGAGGCACCUAUUGCUGGUUGGGGCUAGGCCAUGUAGCGUUGUGAUCGGAGCCUAUCUUUUCUUUUCUUUUUUUUUUUUUCACAUUACUCUU